AGACACCCUAUGCUACUUCCUCGCCCCGCAUCAGUUGAGUUCCUUAGCGGGUCCUUGCCAGCUGCCCGUGCGUAAAAAGACGUGACUUCCAGCGUAUCUACCGCUGUAUUGGAAUAGCGCGGCUUGUUGCGCACUGCACCGCCGGACUCACCACUUCUCCGAGUACCACUGCCCUACUCCGCUUCUAUCAAAUGGGGGGAAUGCUCUACUGCCGGACCAGAGAGAUGCCGAUAAGUCCUUGAACGAUCACUCCUGGAUUGGAGUCGCAAUGUAUUAGCGAAGCACGGCAGUAUAUGAGAACAGCAAGGAACACUGGCAAUUAUGAGCGGAGGAGAGAUCAUCUUCCAGGGCUGGCUCCGAAAGUCACCACCCGAGAAGAAACUCAGGAGAUAUGCCUGGAAGAAGCGCUGGUUCAUCCUUCGCAGCGGUCGAAUGAGUGGCGAUCCUGAUGUAUUGGAGUAUUAUAAGAAUGACCACUCCAAGAAGCCUAUCCGGGUGAUUGACCUGCACUGCUGUGAACAGGUGGACGCUGGACUCACUUUUAAAAGGAAAGAAUUUCAGGACAGUUUUGUGUUUGACAUCAAAACCUCAGACCGCACCUUCUACCUGGUGGCCGAGACCGAGGAGGAGAUGAACAAGUGGGUCCGCUCCAUCUGUCAGCUGUGUGGAUUCAACCAGUCUGAUGAUAACCACGAUUCCAGGCUUCAUCACAUCUCGCGCUCUGUGGGAGCAGAGGCCCCGGGGCCCUUAGCCCCUGUGUCAGGGGACCGUAAGUCUGUGCCCAUCCACUCAAGCCAGCCACUGCUCUUCACCUUUGAUGUGCCUGCGCGCCCUCUGUCCAACAGCGCCCCCCAGGACUACCUCCUCCUGCACCAGUGCAUCAGCAGGAAGACAGAGAGUGCACGGAGUGCCAGUUUCUCUCAGAGUAUGCGCCACAACAGUAAUGUGUUCAUGGGCAGUGACACCGCGGUGCAGAAGUUGUCCCAUGGCUUCUCCCACUGUCUGAAUGGGAUGGGAGGCCAGCUGCACGGGUUCUACAGCCUCCCCAAACCAGGCAAACAUCAUCCACUCCCAGACUCCCCUCAGGAGGCCUGCUACGUCCUACCGCGUGGCUACAGCUCUGAAGCCCCUCUCCAUAGUAACUUUAGCGAGCCCGACCUGGAGAAUGAAGAGGUGUACACUUUCCAAACUCCAUGCAACACACUGGCCACUCUGCACAGUAACGAACGCGCAAAUGACAACUAUGACCUCCCCACCACGCCUGGAUCCUUCUACCAGAUCCCUCGAACAUUUGAUAAGAAUCAUAACGCCUUAACGCCGUCCAGCUCCGAAUCGUCAUGUGCUCCUCCUCCCAGGCCCCCCAAACCGAGCCAGGGGUCCGAAGUGCCCUGGGGCAGUCCGCAGUCUGUUGGAAGCCAUAAUGGAGAUGUGCCGUGUGCAGUGUCCGUCAUCCCCCGCAGGAACACUCUACCAGCUGUGGAGAACAUCCGGCUACAUAGAGGUUCCUCCUUUGAAACUAACAGCCAUUAUCGUCACACACAUUUCAAUAACUCAGGCCAGUCUGCAGAGUCUGUCCUUCCAACUAGCUCCUACCUGAGAACCAAAGCUCCCCUGACCCGCUCAGACAGUGGCAACUCUGAUGACAACUACGUGCCCAUGAAUCCUGGCUCGUCUCCUCUGAGUGCUGCCCAGGCCGACAGCCCUAAGAAUAUUUACAUUCCUAUGAGCCCUGGGCCCCAUCACUUUGAUUUCCCAGGAUUCUCUGCUACAUUACCAGCCCGCAAGGGCAGCAGCGCCUCCCUGUGUCAGAGGCCUGGCCGCCUCAGUGAUGUCACUCCACCACCCAUCAACCGCAACCUCAAACCCAACAGAAAAUCAAAGCCGACACCUCUAGAUUUGAAGAACAAUGGGAUCAUUGAUGAGCUGCCAUUUAAGAGUCCUGUCACCAUGUCUUGGACUCGGCCCAUGUCCGCCAUGAACUCAAUGUCCUCACAGCAUUGUCGGCCUAUCUCCACUCAGAGUAUCACCAGCACGGACUCGGCAGACAGCGAGGAGAAUUAUGUAGCUAUGCAGAACCCAGCGUCUACCUCCCCCGCCGUGAGUGGUACCAGCAGUCCAGCCCCCAGACAGUGUGGCAACGUGGACUACCUAGCACUGGACUUCCAGCCUGGAUCACCAAGCCCUAACAGAAAACCAUCUACGUCUUCAGUGACCUCAGAUGAGAAAGUGGACUAUGUGCAGGUGGAUAAGGAAAAGACCCAGGCUCUGCAGAGCACUAUGCAGGAAUGGACCGAUGUGCGCCAGUCUACUGAACCCACCAAAGUAGUCAAGUCCUGACAAUGAUGUAAAAACAACAUUUACAAACUCCACUCUUUAAAUCUAUCUCCGGUUAUAGCCUUCUGUGACCUAAACCCUAGUUGGCUUGGUUUAUUAAUUUAACGAGUUACUUGGAGAAAAAGCCAUAACCAAGACUAUCCCUGUUCUUUGUAAUGAGCAGGUUGCUGCUGCAUGUCAUUGAGAAUAUCAGGCCAGAUGCCCUGCCAAAAAUCUACAUGCAAAUACAUAAACAUUUAAAAAUGUAUAAAAUGUACCAUUCUGUUGAAUAAAUCCACCUUAUUUUUGACUUUGAUCUUUGACCUUGUCCACUUGUGUCUAGUGGGUAGUGUUUCUGGCUCUCUGUGUUUAUGAUGCCAUAGAAUCCAACUCGAUGGCCAUAAAAAUAGUAAAAGGACCCUCAGAAGAGAGAUGCUCUCAAAUUCUGGCUCGCACACUGUCUUUUCACUUCAAUCUGUCUUUUCUGCUGACUAUAGGAGAGAAGAUUAUUUUCUCUGCAGGCAGUUAAACUGUUUUAGUGGUGCAUGUCUGCAAGAAGAAGAAUAACAUGCUCACAGCCCAGUCCAUUUGAAGAUCAUACUGUAAAUACCCACUUAAACUCUGCUUUAAAUUCAUGUUUGUGGAGGGUGACAGUGUUAUCCCCCAUAGUGAGGGGUGUGUUUUCCAAGAUCUCAAAAAGUUGUAUGAAAAAUAUGACAAAUGAUAAUCUUGUUUCAGUCUGAUCUAAGGAGUUUUAAUUUACAGUAAGGUAAUGUGCAAUGACAAGAUGACCAAGAAGUUUUACAUAUGAAUUUAUGUCUUCCUCCCAUUAUUUAAAUGUCUUAUUAAGUAUUUCUGCCACUCAACAUCGUCAGAGUAAACCCAGUCUAAUCUACACACAUCACUACAACCCAUUUUUCUGUAUGACCACAGUUUGAGCAACAGCCAAACACAAUCCUGGACACGUUUUGAUGCAUCGCAAAAAGUGCACUACUGUAGCAUGAUGUUGUACUUAAGUUGCAAAAGCAACCUGCCAUAAUGAAGUCAUUGUGAUUAACUUUAGAAAAAUAAUUUGUAUAACUUGCAUUAUUUCCAAAUUGCCUUAUGUUUGUUGUUACCUCUAUGUGUGCAUUUCAAGAGGAUUCUGAAGGGUAUAUGAUGCAAAUUGUGCUUUGACCACGACUAAGAAGAACUUGUUUGUAUUUCUCAAGCCCAAUGUUUCACUGUGGCUGGCACCACUUGUCCUUAUUGAAUCCUGCAUGGCCAUUCAAAUGUAUUUUGAUUAUUUCAGUAGAGGUUACUUCUAAAUGUUUUUCUAGCAUUUUUACUAUGUUUUGUAUUCUUUUAUCAUUUUUGGAAAGAUAUUCUUAUGGAAAAUUGUGAAUUUAUGAUUAUUAAAUGUCCUGAUUAAUUUUUUUACUCCCAGAAUGUUGUGAUGUGUUGAAGAGGUUGGCACUCUGAGCUGCACUGGUAUAGCCCCCUCUGCUGGUGAACUGUGAUUUAACAAGAGAAAAGACUGAUGUUAUACUCUCUGAAAAGAAAUGGAUGUUAAGUAUCUAGAGAGCUGAAGCGUAUGUGUUGUGUUAGAUGUGAAGUAGUCAUUGGUCUGAUGUACUGUAUAGAUCAUUUUAACCACUAUUAUUGCUAUUACUACUGUAAAGCAUUUGCAGAUUGCUUGUGGGUUAAUUUAAUAAUUUAUUGUGUGGUUUGUUGUUGAUAUUGUAAAAACUAAAAACAGUUGAAGAAAUGUUAUCUACUAACACUGAUGUAUGCAAAAGUCAUUAUUUUGUGAAGCAAUAUGACGAAUGAUGCCAGUGUGAUGACCAUGUGGUACAUUUCAUUUGGGAUGCACACGUAUUCCUGUAUUAUGGUAGAAUAAAUGUGGACAAACAAUAAAUCAAGGACUUAAAUAUCUGUCUA